CACCCCGCAUAGCUCCAAGGUUCACCUCCUGCAGCGUGCAGCCUGCAGUACAGAGACACAUUGCUCUUAAGAGGAAGGAUUUCUCCACAGCUCGCCUAACGAGGCGAAGCUGAAAGACGCAUAAUGAAGCAGAAAGCGCCUUUGCUUUGGCUUGCAGUGUGGUUGUUUUUCUCUUUUGCUCCAAUUUGCCUUUCUGCUCAGAGCAAUUCAAAAGGCUGGCACGACAGAGACACUCAGAGGCUUGGGAAUAAAAGUGGCACGAAAAAGUUCUGUGAUCCCUCCGUCAGCGACCAGACAGCAGGUGCUGUCCCAGAGUGCACCCCUGGCUUCUACAGAGAACCGACAGGACCAAGUAAGGGACGGUGUGUGCCAUGCCGCUGCAACGGACUCUCUGAUUUGUGUGAUGCACAAACAGGGAACUGCAUGAACUGCUGGUUUAACGCCGCGGGGGAUCGAUGUGAGCGGUGCAGGGAGGGCUUCUACGGACACGCAGCCAACAGGACUUGCCGAGCCUGUCCCUGUCCCUCCACACACAACAAUUUUGCAGUAGCCUGCCUCGACAUCAGCCCAGGAGUUGUUGAAUGUUUGUGUAAAAGAGGCUACAGUGGAGCUCGCUGCGAGAGGUGAGGCACUCAAACUCAGUAUUUACAUAUAAACAAUAAUCGUCUGAACUUUAUUAUCUUACACGAUAUACAAACAUCU